AUGGCCGAAUCGUCGUCGAACAGCGAAAGUAGGGAAAUUGUUUCAGGAAUUCUGGACGAAGAAAUAAUGCGUAAAAAGUCGGAAAGCGAAAUUUCGAAGCCCCUCAUUCACGAUGAGGACAGCGGCAGCGCCGAAGAACAACCGCUGGAUAUCGGAAUCCAUUAUUUGGUCCAGCGAACCGACAAUUCUUGGUAUCCUGCUGAAAUAAUUCAAUCUCGCUACAACGAAAUCGACCGGCAAUACGAGUAUUACGUACAUUAUGAAGGCUACAAUAGACGCCUAGAUGAAUGGGUCCCAAGAGGACGUAUAAUGUCGUCCCAGUUUAACUUGACAGACGGCCAAAAAGCUCCAGAUUUAAAAACCUGGAAAGAACGUCCAGUCGGUCCAGUCAUCACUGAUUUACUAUCGGACAGCUCGGAUAGGAAAAUAACUAGAAACCAAAAACGACGUCACGAUGAAAUUAAUCACAUACAAAAAACCUAUGCAGAAAUGGAUCCUACUACAGCAGCCCUAGAAAAAGAGCACGAACAAAUAACAAAAGUUAAAUACAUUGAUAGAAUACAAAUUGGUAGAUUUGAAAUUGACACUUGGUACUUUAGUCCUUAUCCAGAAGAAUAUGGAAGGCAGUCCAAAUUGUGGAUUUGCGAAUACUGUUUGAAGUAUAUGAGGUUGGAGAAAAGCCACAGAUAUCAUAUGAGUGAAUGUACUUGGAGGCAACCAGUGGGCAAAGAAAUCUACAGAAAAGGAACAUUGUCUGUCUACGAAGUAGAUGGAAAAGAUCACAAAGUGUACUGUCAGAAUUUGUGCCUUUUAGCCAAGCUGUUUUUGGAUCACAAAACUUUGUAUUUCGAUGUUGAGCCUUUUUUGUUUUAUAUUUUGUGCGAGGUUGACAAACAAGGGGCCCACAUUGUUGGAUACUUCUCAAAGGAAAAAGAAUCUCCAGACGGCAACAAUGUAGCUUGCAUCCUCACCCUGCCACCCUACCAAAGACAAGGCUAUGGCAAACUACUCAUAGCUUUCAGCUACGAACUAUCCAGACUGGAAUGCACAGUUGGCAGUCCAGAACAACCACUCAGCGACUUAGGAAAGCUCAGCUACAGAAGCUACUGGAGCUGGGUCCUAUUGGAAAUCCUCAGGGAUUUCAGAGGCACUUUGAGCAUUAAAGACUUGAGCCAAAUGACCAGUAUCACUCAGACAGACAUAAUUUCGACUCUUCAAAGUAUGAACAUGGUUAAAUAUUGGAAAGGCCAACACGUUAUAUGCGUAACACCUAAAUUAGUUGAUGAACAUAUUAAAUCCAGUCAGUACAAACGACCGAGGUUGUGUGUUGAUAGUGGGGCUUUGAGGUGGACUCCUAGGCGUCAUGUUAUCAAAAUCGGCAAAAAAUGAGCUGAGAAAUUACUUGUAUUUAUUUGUGAUAAUAUUAAUUUUUAAUUAGAUGUAACAUUUGAAAUUAUAGUGAAGUAGGUAGUUAUUUGUUUCAUUUAAAAAAUGUAUCAAGUAGUUGAUGGUCAAUAAAGACAUUUCGUUUCCUAUUCUUA